AUGUCAGCACGCGACUACACAGACUCCGAGUCUGACGGCGACGUACCACUCGCCUCUGCAGCAUCCACUCCCCGCGGCGUAUCCCCUCACUCGCCGAGCAAGGAUCACGUUCGCAUCAAACUCCGGCCAGGCUUGAUACACUCUGCCGAGCCGUCUCCGUCCGUCUCGCCCCCUCCGCGCUUCAAGAUCAAACUAGGCAUGAAGCACGCUCGGCAGGCAGCAUACUCGUCCUCUGAGGACGAGAAUAAUCCCCCAAAAAAGCAAAAGACGCACAAGUCUCCACCACCGACUGGUCCGAUUCCCAAGCACCAGGGGCGGAGCGAGCGCGCCCAGUCGGCAAUAUCGGCCAUGAGCGUCGCCAGUGCCGACGAUCCCGUGGAGAAGAAGAAGAACUCGCGCCGCUCCGUCGGCAACCCUGGUCCAGGCAAGGCAUGGCGUAAAGGCAUGCGUAAGGGCAACCCCAUGCCGUGGAAGGAGGGAAGCAGCUUCAUGGGCGAGAAGAUUCGCAGCUCACCACUCGCUACGCCCCAGCGCGCCAGUGUGUCCCGCGAAGUGUCGCCUGAUCUCGACGCCAUGCUCCUCGCAACUGUGACGCGCGAGCGUGAGCGCGUUGAGCGCGAGCCAAGCCCACCCUUCAUGCUCGCUGAUGCGGACAAGCUCGGCAUCCCCGUGUUUGCCAACCCCGUCAUCCCGCCCAAGAUCUCACUCAGCCAGUUCCCCAAAGUCACCCAGACGUUUGCGCGGAUGGACCACAAGCCGUGGCCCAAGGAACAGGUACGGAAGUGGACGUUCGACGAGCGCGUGAUCCAGGGCGUGGGAGGCGGCAGCCUCAAAUUCAAGACGUGGUCUAGAGGCCCCGACUCGCAACUCUCCAUGGUUGUGGCGGCGCAGCGCGAGGCCGAGGCCGCAGCGCGCGCCGCCAAGCGCGAGAUGAAGCAGAAGGAGAAUGAGACGCCCGAGCGCCCACCCUUCGCUCACAGCUUGUCAUCAGACAGCGUACCCCGUGCAGGGAGCGUUGAUGAGGAGAGCGAGGCGGAUGGGGACGACAGUGCGCGCGAGAGUCCCGCACCGCGUAGACGUAAGCCUGCCAAGCCGCGCAAGAGCAAACUUGCGCAGGAGAUUAAACCCGAGGCGGAGAGCAGUGUGCCGCCCGAGUAG